UCAAUUGGUCAUGUAGGUACAAAGAUCAAUGCAAUUGUAAUAUCUGAACAUUGAAAGAGCUACGUAAAUCCUGAUUGACAGCGAUGAAGUAAUAAUAAUUUAUAAUAAUAUAAACAAGAAUUUAUGAUAUUGGACUGCUUCCUAACAUAAAAUUUGACAAUACCAUGGAUGUAAACGAAUGGGAGAACGAUUCUGUAACUUCUCUUUCCAAGGAUACUCCUGACAAUAACAUUGAUGCAAGCAACGAUGAAACGAUUUCCGAAUCAUCGACGUUUGAUGAGCAAAGCACUAAAAAGUUAGAAACGGAGGACGCGUCUUUUCGAAGUAACAUAGACACCUGCAAAGAAUUAGGAUUUAAGAAGCCACUUCUACUGAUCGGUCCUAAGCGGGGUAAGACUGGAAAAAUUCGAACUAUAAAAAAUGAUACAGCACACCCACCAUCUGAAUUGUCCGUAAAUAAGGAAACUAUCGAGCCUGUUCAACCCCAGGAUGACGAAGAUAAAAGCUAUAAGUCAAUAAUAGAAGAUUCCACAGAAGAGAAUAUCUCGUCUGAUACAAGAAACAUUCCUAUACCAUACUUGGAACCUAAGUGGAGUGGAAAGCCAAUCGAGGAAUAUAAGUUGGAGGUUCUUAAGUCAGGAAUAAUUCUAGAAAAACUUGAUCUAACUGAAAAAAGUUUUCACGUGAUAGGCAGAUUGCCUUCCUGCAAUUUAUCUCUUGCCCAUCCGACUAUCUCAAGGUACCAUGCAAUUAUUCAAUACAGAGCAACAGCAGAUGAAAAGAGCUCUAUAGGUUUUUAUUUGUACGAUUUGGAGAGUACACAUGGCACGUUUUGGAACGGGCAUCGUAUAAAACCAAGAACCUAUGUUCGGUUAUAUGAUGGUCAUAUGAUAAGGUUUGGUUGUAGCCAGAGGAAAUAUAUUCUGCAAGCUCCACCGGACGAUCAGGAAGAGGAAUCCGAGCUGUCAGUUACACAACUUAAAGAAAAGCGAUUAGAAGAAUUACGGGAACGAGAAAUGAGACAGCAAGAAGAGGAAGAAGAAGAAGCAGAAGAAAGAGCAAAACAGGAAGCAAAGAAUGAGGGUAUCGAUUGGGGAAUGGGAGAAGACGCGGAUGAGGAAACAGAUUUGACAGAGAAUCCCUAUGCUUCUAUGGCAGAUGAAGAGCUAUAUUUAGACGAUCCCAAGAAAACAUUAAGAGGCUGGUUCGAAAGAGAGGGAUAUGAUUUGCAAUAUCAAGUAGAAGAGAAAGGAAUAGGUCAAUUUUUAUGUUGGAUAAGUUUACCUAAAGAAUGUUUCGGCGGCCGUUCCAUGAAAGCAGAAGCUCUUGUCAAAGGAAAGAAAAAAGAAUCUGUUAUUCAAUGUGCUUUGGAAGCCUGUAGAAUUUUAGACAGACAUGGAUUGUUGAGACAAGCUAAUCAUGAGAGUCGAAGAAAGAAAGCAAGGAAUUGGGAGGAGGAAGAUUUCUAUGAUUCAGACGAAGAUAACUUUUUGGACAGAACAGGAACAGUAGAGAAGAAACGUGAACAGAGAAUGAAAUUAGCUGGAAAAAUUGAAGAAAAAGUUGAGACAUAUAGCUCAUUGACUAAGAAGCAUAAUGAGAUUUUGAACAAAAUUUCACGUUUGAAUGAACGCUUAAAAGAAGCGCAAAGAAAAAAUGCUAAAACGGGAGAAUCUAAUGAGGAUUCGUUGGAUGCCUUUAUGUCUAGUUUAAACACAUCUACUUUGAGUAAAAGCGACAUAACGAAAAUGAAAGUGGAAUUACAAAAUUUGCGUAAAGAAGAAAUGCAACUUGUUAAAUUAGUAAAUCUUACAAAACCAGCUAAUUUGCCGCCUCUUGUCAGUCAAGUGCAAGUAGAAGAUAGAAGAGACGGCAAAAAUCUUCAACAAAAAUCAAAAUAUUCUAUGAAAAAGAUUUCGCAACUUGAAAGAAGACAAAAGCUUUUUGAAGCAAAUAACAAAAGCGAUUCUACGAAUUCAUCUUCAUAUACUAUGGAUAAUGAAGGUGAAGAAGAAGAAGAAGAAGAAGAAGAAGAAGAAGAAGAAGAUGAACAAGAAGAAAAUAAAAAAGAUAACAUAAGAAUGAAAGAAGAAGAAGAAGAAGAAGAUGCGAGUGUACAUAAGUCCGAAUGUAAAAAAUCUACGUUCUAUAAGGAUGAAACAAAAUCAAGUGAAACCAUAAGAACCGAUGAUAAAUCAUGUAUUAUGAGAAGCGUCAAUCAGGAAACGAAAAAACUAAACAUUGCGGAAAAGCGAAAAAAGGACACUAAAUCAGAGAAACGGAAAAAUAUGAAAAAGCAGUACGAUCAAGACGUCCACUCUGAAGAUUAUUCUACGUGGGUACCGCCACAAGAUCAAUCCGGUGAUGGGAGGACAAAUCUUAAUGAUAAAUAUGGAUAUUGA